UAAUUCGAUUUUGGCCUAUCACACACAUCUACUACCCAGCCCUAUGCAUUGUUGAACACGCAUCUGAUACACUAAGAUCUUUAAGGUGCAGUGGCCAGGCCAGAUUUCGGCUGUCAUCCCAGUAGCAUCAGAGACACACAGCGAGAGUCACGGUCUCAACGGUACGACCUCGGCCUGUUCCGCCUAGUCCAAGAGGAUCGAAACAAACCAAUCUCAGGCUAGAUCUCGCUGGAAAGACGCGCUUCUCCUGGAAGACCGUUGAUGAAGAUGUGAAUAUCUGCCAAAGUCAGCGGCCCUUCUUUAUCGUUAAACGUGACCGUGAUUUGCAAAUACGCCUAUUAACUUCUUUAUAGCGUUCUUUCAGGACCAGAAAGUCCACAUACACCUACAUCAGAGCUAUUCGCAGCCCCAACUUCCAAAAGUUCCAAGUUUUUACAGACACGAACAUCAGUCUUGCCUUAACAUGUCACGCACAGCUCACAUUCUGGCCCAGCCAAUCAUGUUUCCCUUUAGUGGUAAAAUAGCAAAAAAUAGAUUCAUGAAGAGUGCCAUGUCUGAGCGUCUGGCUACUUUCUCUACAUACGACUCCGACGAACGGGGUCAACCAACUGAAGAGCUCAUACGCCUCUAUGACACUUGGUCCAGGGGCGAUAUAGGUAUUCUUAUUACAGGGAACAUUCAAAUCAAACAUGAUCACCUAGAAGCGACAGGAAAUGCUAUCAUCGACUGGGACCUUCCGUCCGACUACGUCGACGAAUUUUCCAAGCUAGCUCGAGCUGCUAAAGCGCGAGGGAGCCUAGUAAUAGGCCAGCUGAGCCACCCAGGUCGACAAGUUUCAAUCAACAUCCAACCCUACCCAGAAUCUGCCUCUGAUAUCGAGCAGCCCCCUGCAGGUGGUGUCGUUUUUGGACGUCCAUCCCCCUUAACGAGGCCGGCUAUUCAAGACAUCGUGGAUCGGUUUGCGUUUUCAGCUUGUGUUCUUCACCAAGCUGGAUUUGACGGUGUACAACUACACGCUGCACACGGCUUCCUACUAGCGCAAUUCCUUUCAAGGCGCACAAACCAGAGGAAAGAUGAAUUCGGUGGCACACUCGCCAACAGAUCGCGACUGCUUUUUCAGAUUAUUGCCGCUAUCAGAACGACCGUCAAUGAUCCCAAGUUUAUAAUAUCAGUUAAGCUCAAUUCUCAGGAUUUCACCCAGGAUGGAUUCAGCGCCAAUGAAUCAAGAGAGAUCGCCAUGCGACUUGAACAAGCGGGAGUGGAUCUCAUCGAACUUAGUGGUGGCACGUAUGAACUAGCUAUUUCAAGUUCUCAUUCCGCACAGGAGAGAACACCUGCGGUGGCUCGUGAAGCCUACUUCUUGGACUUUGCCGAACAAUUGCGUCCUCAUAUCAAGCGGACUAAGGUUGCUGUCACCGGUGGCUUCAGGUCUGCAGCAAUCAUGGCGAAAGCUGUAGACGAACGAGCCGCAGAUAUUAUCGGCUUGGGCCGUCCACUUACAGCAGAACCACUGCUAGUGAAAGAACUUAUCGCAGGGGAGAAGACCCAAGCGAAAGGCGACAAGUUCCCAGAAGGCCAGCUGAUACGAAUGGCUGCCGCAGCUUCACAAAUCGCGGAGAUCGGGAACGGCAUGGAUAUCACUGACUUUGAUAACGGGUUCAACGUUUCAAGAUUUUUGGCCAAGCUGCAGAAAGAGAUGCCAGCUACGAUGUCGGAGGCACUUUCUUCGCACAAUAGCAUCAGAAGAUGAUGACGCUUGUAUUAGUGAUGGAGGAUGUACAUUUUGUUGGAUUUCUUAUCUACGGAGUUUUGCGUGCUUGCUUUUUCCUCUUCUUCUUUGGUUUUUUUUCUGUGUAGGAUAGUCUAUGUAAUAUCAGCUGCCAUACCUUGUAUUGUCAGAUUUACGCUUUCACGCUUUUUACUUUUCGCUAAAAAACACGUUCAUGCCGGUGUCAAAAUUUGUACAAGUGAUAGAUAUAUAUAUUUUUUUAUUAUUUCAUU